GGGUGGUCGGGCCCUGGAGCCCUGGGGAGCCAGCGAUGGCAAGAGGCGGGGCGGCGGGAGGUGCCAGGGCUGCGCGGCGGGGCGGGGGCCUGGGUCUCCCGGGAGGAGCUGGGGAACACCGGGCGCCUCUCGCGGAGGUGCACGGCAAGUUCUCGGGAAGGGAGGCAGCGAGGCUCCUGCAGACCCCAGCCAGCCUCUCCAGCGCUGCGCCGGUCUCCCAGCCAGAGGUGCUGCAUGAGGGGCCGCAGGGGCGAUCGCAUGGCCAUCAACAUCCAGGAGCACAUGGCCAUCAACGUGUGCCCCGGCCCCAUCAGGCCCAUCCGCCAGAUCUCCGACUACUUCCCUCGCAGGGGGCCGGGACCGGAGGGCGGCGGCGGCGGCGGCAGGGGCUGCGGGGAAGCCCCGGCUCAUCUGGCCCCUCUGGCCCUGGCCCCCCCUGCGGCUCUCCUUGGGGCCACCACACCCGACGAUGGAGCUGAGGUAGACAGCUACGACUCGGAUGAUACCACCGCCCUGGGCACGCUGGAAUUUGACCUUCUCUACGACCAGGCCGCCUGCAUGCUGCACUGUCGAAUCCUCAGGGCCAAGGGCCUCAAGCCCAUGGACUUCAAUGGCCUAGCUGACCCCUACGUAAAGCUGCACCUCCUGCCAGGAGCCUGCAAGGCCAAUAAGCUAAAAACUAAGACUCAGAGGAACACACUGAACCCUGUGUGGAACGAGGAGCUGACGUACAGCGGAAUCACGGAUGACGACAUCACCCACAAGGUGCUCAGGAUCUCUGUCUGUGACGAGGACAAGCUGAGCCACAAUGAGUUUAUUGGGGAGAUCCGAGUGCCUCUCCGGAGACUCAAGCCUUCACAGAAGAAGCAUUUUAACAUCUGCCUCGAGCGCCAGGUCCCGCUUCCUUCGCCCUCUUCAAUGUCUGCGGCGCUGAGGGGCAUUUCCUGUUACCUGAAGGAGCUAGAGCAGGCAGAGCAGGGACCUGGGCUGCUGGAAGAGCGUGGGCGCAUCCUGCUGAGCCUCAGCUACAGCUCUCAGCGGCGUGGGCUGCUGGUGGGCAUUGUUCGCUGUGCUCACCUGGCUGCCAUGGAUGUUAAUGGCUACUCCGACCCUUAUGUGAAGACGUACUUGAGACCAGAUGCGGACAAGAAAUCCAAGCAUAAAACGUGUGUAAAGAAGAAGACGCUAAACCCAGAAUUUAAUGAGGAGUUCUUCUAUGAGAUGGAACUCUCCACUCUGGCCACCAAGACCCUGGAAGUCACAGUCUGGGACUACGACAUUGGCAAAUCCAAUGACUUCAUAGGUGGUGUGUCUCUGGGGCCAGGGGCCCGGGGAGAGGCGCAGAAACACUGGAGUGACUGCCUACACCAGCCGGACACAGCCCUGGAGCGCUGGCACACCUUGACCAGCGAGCUGCCUCCAGCAGCCGGGGCUUUCCCUUUGGCCUGA